AUGGGUCCAUUCCUUUCUUCUCCAAAGCCUCCCCUGACCGGAUUCAAUCUGGGGAGCCAAAAGGGCAAGACCUUCAUUGUGACUGGUGCCACAUCGGGAUAUGGCAUGCACCUCGUGUCAAUUCUCUAUCAACACGGCGGCAAUAUAUAUAUGGCCGCCCGUAACGCUUCGAAAGCGAAAAGCGUAAUAAACGAUAUAAAGCAACGCUUCCCGGAAUCAGACGGACAAAUGCACUAUCUGCAUCUGGAUCUCAGCGACCUGUCGACUAUAAAGCACUCAGCCGAGCAAUUCCUAGCGAAGGAGUCCCAACUCCACGUUCUUUGGAACAACGCCGGAGUCAUGAUUCCACCGCAGGGCUCCCAAACCGCUCAGGGCUACGAGCUCCAACUAGGGACAAACGUUGUAGGUCCAUUCAUGUUCACUAAGCUUCUGUACCCGGUUCUCGCCCAAACAGCUGCAGCGUCUCCCGCAAACUCCGUUCGAGUUGUAUGGGUAUCAUCGUCGGCUGCCAGAUUCGCUCCUAAUCCGGCGAUCGAUUGGUCCAAUUUGGAUUACCACAUUGAUGAAAGGGCAUGGAAAAAGUAUGCCAGAAGUAAGGCUGAGAAUGUCUUACUUGCGGUGGAGCUUGCGCGGCGUUCUAAGGCGGACGGUGUCCGCAGCCUGACUCUUGAUCCUGGAGCUGCGAUCACAGACCUACAGCGAAGCAUGCCAUGGUGGAUGAUCGCUUUAGUUAAGUUGAUAGCACAACCAGCAGAGGUAGGCGCGUACACAGAGCUUUACGCAGGGCUUCAGCCCGAUGUCGAUUGCUCAAGUACUGGAACAUGGAUUAUUCCCCCAGGAAAAGUAGUGGCCGCCCGCAAGGACCUCUUUGACCCUGCUACCUGUGAGAGAUUUUGGCAGUGGAAUGAAGAGCAGAUCAGUGGAUACUUGUGA